UUUUGGCUAAUGCUGAAGAGGCACUGAUUUAACGGCUGACGAGAAAGAUCUUCUAUUUUAGAUUUCAAAUAUCUUACCGGCAGCUUCUCGAGGAGCCAGAAAUUAUAAUCUCGCGUCUCUCUCAUUCAUCUAUCUCUCUCUCUUACUCUUUCUCUUUCUAUACCUCUCUCCAACUCCUUCCCUCAUUUAGAUAUCUCGCUUCCGCGCGGAGGAUCGAUCGAUAUUUUGUCCUGACGGUGGCUAUUAACGACACGCGUACUUUUCAUUCGUUCCCUCCUACUCCGUUUUUCACGCUACGAUUGCUUCCAAACGUAACGUAAGGUGUAACCCCCUCCGAACCCCCUAUCCCCCCAUCGUCGGUUCUUCCAUCAAUGUCAGGUAGCGCAUGUUAGCCCCGCGUAUCCUGCAUCAUCGGUGGUCGAUAUCCUUCGAUAGCUCCGACUACAAUAGCCGGUUCACUCCGAUCGGAGGUCGCGGAUUUCUUCGCGCCAGUCGAUGCUCGAUUUUUAUCGGGUCACCCGCAAGAGCCACCCACUCUGUUUUCACCAGUUCCUAGUCUAUCCUGUGACGUAUCCUUUUCAUCCUGUCGCGGUUGGAAGCACCUACGCGACCGCGUAUGCGUCUGCAAACAGUCAAUAGCAAGUACCAAAACGAGACGAACAUAGCACAAAUAUAGAAACUGUGUUUCGGCGACAAUUGUACAUAAGGAUAUUGGAGAACGAAUCGUUGUCGGUUGUUCCUCGGAGGGGAGAACCGACCUCAGUAUUUUUACGGACUGCCGACACUAUUACAUAAUUAAAUCACAAAGAUAACUACUGUUGUGCUAUUACUGUUAUUGUUAUUAACAUUAUUGUUACCUCCGUUGUUGUUAUACCAUUCGCUGCGAAAUCAGCGGCGAUAGUGACAGUGACAACGGUCGCCGAAAAUCGCGUGGGUCUACGUCAAGACACCCGCGUGUCUCUUGAAAUCGUUAAUUGAAGAUUGACGGAGGAGAAGCAGGAAGAAGAUACACGGGAGAGGAAAUAAAUAGAGGGCAGGAAGUGGAGAAGUGGCACGUGGGAUCGCGAUAUAUCUCUGGAGAGCAAACAACAAGGAGUGCGCCGAGAAUCUCGAUAAGGAUACAUCAUCCGCGAGAAGAGGGUGAUCGAUUCUUGCGUAUCCAUCGGGAGAAUGGUAGUCGAAACCGCGGCGAGAAAUGGGCACGAGCUGGCACCUUUAAACGACCGUCGCCAACCCGCCCAUAACGUGACGAUCGUAACAACAGGAAGCCAAAAUGCCACCGGUGGCCAGGAGACGAAGGAGGAGAACAGGGCGGCAUGGAGUGGGAAAAUGCAAUUCUUUCUCAGUAUUAUCGGGUACAGCGUGGGUCUUGGCAAUAUCUGGAGGUUUCCUUAUCUGUGCCAACAGAACGGAGGUGGUGCCUUCCUCAUUCCUUUUUUCGUGAUGCUCAUCUUAGAGGGCGUACCCCUCUUCCUGAUCGAGCUGGGUCUCGGACAACGUAUGCGACAGGGUGCCCUGGGCGUCUGGAACACUAUACAUCCUUGGUUAGGAGGUAUAGGAAUCGCGUCGUGCAUAGUUACGUUUUUCGUUGCGCUUUACUACAACGUAAUUAUUACUUGGUGCUUCUACUACCUCUUCAAUUCGCUCGAGGCUGUCACGAUCAAAUUCGGUGACCCACUGCCGUGGGCAAAAUGUCCGGAAUUGGACGGGAAACCGGUCGAGGAAUGUGCCAGGAGUUCGGAGACCGCAUAUUUUUGGUACAGGACUACCUUAGACGCGGCGCCGUCGAUCGAGGACGGUCAAGGUCUCAAAUGGUGGAUUGUCCUUUGCCUCUUGCUCAGCUGGGUCAUCGUGUUCUUCAUCGUCAUGAAGGGCAUACAGUCGUCCGGCAAAGUGGUAUACUUUACGUCCAUGUUCCCGUAUCUCGUACUGACCAUCUUCUUCAUCCGUGGGAUAACGUUGAGAGGUGCGAGCGCCGGACUGGCGCACAUGUACACACCAAAGGUCGAGAAACUGUUGGAACCCACGGUCUGGCUUGACGCGGCGACCCAGGUCUUCUACAGCUUCGGGCUGGCGUUCGGUUCCCUGAUCGCGUUCGGCAGCUACAACACUCCCAACAACAACUGCGUGAGGGACGUGAUCCUGGUGAGCGUGUGCAACGCGUUUACUGCCAUUUAUGCGAGCGUUGUCAUUUUCGCCAUUUUGGGGUUCAAGGCAAUGUCAAACGUGGACAAGUGCGUCGUCAGUGCGAAGAACACUCUGGUGGAUAAUAAGCUAUUGAAUGCUUCGGUCUCAUUCAACCUCGAAGACUACGAACGCUUUAUGAGCACCUUCAACUCUUCGGAAAGAAAUUUCACGUUAAAAGCUUGCAGUCUCAGCAAUGAGUUGGACAGUGCUGCCGAGGGUACUGGAUUGGCUUUCAUCGUGUUUACGCAGGCGAUUGUGGAAUUACCGGGUGCGCCGUUUUGGUCCUGUAUUUUCUUCUUGAUGCUUCUGGCCCUCGGUCUGGGCUCACAAAUCGGGAUACUCGAAGGCAUGCUUUGCGUAAUCUUUGACAUAGAUCUCUUCAAAAGAAUAAAAAAGCAAUAUAUGACAGGUGUUGUCUGUGUCGUUUGCUUUUUCGUGGGACUCAUUUUCUGUACUGGUGCUGGAGAAUAUUGGUUGAAAAUGUUUGACAGCUUCGCCGGCACCAUCGGUCUCGUUAUGGUCGCCCUGAUGGAAAUGCUCUCCGUGAUCUUCGUAUAUGGUCACGAAAAAUUCACCAAGGACAUCGAGGAGAUGACAGGAUACAGACCGGGAGUUUAUUGGCAAUUCACGUGGCGAUUUCUCGCUCCCAUAAUAAUGGUUUGCAUUCUUAUAUCAAGCAUCGCCUCCAUGUUCAUCAAGAAGCCGCAAUACUCGGCGUGGAACGCGGCAUUGGGGGUGGCAGAACCCACGAAUUAUCCCAGCUGGGUACUGGGCAUCGCGGCUGCCAUCAUUUUCGCGGGUAUCGCGCCGAUUCCGAUCGUUUUCCUCCUGCGACGAUUCCAAUGCGUCAAACUCGACGUGGAUAUCCAUCAAGGCAGUAUUCGUCGUAUCGACACCACCGUUUCCACCAAGGAAAUGAUGGGCGACGUUGACCUUGAUGAAUAUCACGACCGGCUCGAGGACUUCCCGGAAGAGGACGAGGACAUUAAUAGCGACGACGAUACAAACAAUGUACCGGCCAUGAGCAAACUCGCCAAGAAGGCAAUGCAGGGUAGAGCUUUCAAGAUGGAAGUAAUGAACUUUUAAAGAGCGCAAAUCGUACUGUUUUCGAGCCACUGCGGGUUGAAGAUAUCAACAAUGAUUAUACACAUAUAUAAAGACUAAUUCUACAUCAUUUAUGCUAAAUAGUCAAUAUGUUUGAGAGAUGAACUCACUUGAUACAGUAUCACAUAAAGAAAUAGAACACAUCGACAAUUAAUUUGGGAAUAUUUCUGAGAAAUCACAUUUUAAUAGAGAAUCAUCUGUUAUAAGCGAGAGGAAAUUUUUGACGGAUGAAAUUUAUGACUCGAAACCUCUAACUUUGAAGAUUUCGCAAGUUUGGUCUUUAUAUAUACUACAGUCAUUGGUGGGUCGAGCUGUCGGAGCCAUGCGUCCUUAAGAUGGAAUGUAUCGAGCAAACAAGCAACGAACAAACGCGUAGCGCGAAUGCUCAACUUUACUUGAAGCUUUCUUUGAUGUACCACGAUGAUGAGCGAAUCCCACCAGAUGCAAAUAAACUAACGAGUUGUUGAAUCCAAUAUGAUUUACACAUCUCGAAAAAUUUCACGGCGCAGAUUUCACGCUCGUCGUUGGUUUGCUCGAAGAGGUAGGGUGGUGUCGAUCCCGAUCUUUUCGUAUAUACGUAAACAUUAGAUGUAGGGUGAAUUCGCUACAAAUCGAGCUCAAUCUAAGGGAUCGAGGCGCCAUUAGGAGCAAUAUGAUAAUACGAAGUAAGUUUUAGAAAGGUUGUAGAAUGCGAGAGCGGCCAAUUUGCCGUCGUUUCCGGGUAAAAUCGCGAAUCACCAGGUGGAAUAGACGCAUAUAGUGGACAAGAAAUAGCAACGAGAGAAUAGAGCGUUCUGGCUUUUUAGUAUCGCGUGAUGCGUGGAGACGAUCUGACGCGGGAUCGUUGAAUUCGUCCGAGUCAAUUCGAUUUUAAUUGAACGGCGCGAUUCUCUUUUUCUUUUCCUCUAGGACGUAGCAGUUUGAUCUUUCCAACGAGAGAAACGUCGGAAAGACUAGACAAUAAAAUUGAACGUAGUCGAGUUGUUAGUUAAAUGUAGACCAUUUGUUUACCGCCCUCUCUCUACACGAUCCCGGUGAAAUGUGUAAUGCUUUCGGCUCCUCCGAGGUUCUACCUUUCGCGUAUCAUUGCAGCCCGGACAUGAUCGACCUUAUCAAAAAUAUUCCAAAAGAAAGAAUUUCGUUAAUCAAUUAA